GAGGUUGCUGGAGGCGUGGCUAGCUUGGGGCAGCCAGGUGGCCGCGAUCAAGGAAGACGAGGACGCCGCCCUUCGGCGCGCCAUGGCCGGUCGGGCCUCGCCAUACCCAGGCGAUGGGGCUACGGUUGCCCUGGGAAAGGAUUCAAAGGGAAGGGGGAUGCUACCAAAGGGCGCGAUGUGCUCCGUCGACGUGGAGGAACUGGCUGUUCCGCCGCCAGGGACCAUCCCUGCCAAGCUCGUGGACAUCUGCCCGCUGGCUGCCGAGUACUUCUCCGACGUUGCGGGGGGGGUGCUACGCGAGCCCAGCAAGGCCAUGGGCGAGGAGCUGAAGGGCCAGAAGGUCUACCGAGAUCCGUCUCUCCGCUCGAGGGCGUCGCGUCUCCGCCUAGCCGAGAGGCUUUGGGAUGCGGGGAUGCUCGGGACCACCGGCGAGAUGGUCCAGGGGGUCUCGCUCUUCGGAGUCAUCAAGAAGUACCUGCAGGAGGAGGGGGGGCCCCUCAGCCCCGCCAGGCGCCAGGUGCGCGCCAUCUGGGACCAGAGGCGGGCCAACCUCCGCUGGCAGAGGCCCCCGUGCGUGCCCCUCGGCAGCCCCGCGACCUUCGCCCACGUGGACCUCUCCAACCUGGGCGAGAGGGACGUGGUCUACACUGGCGUGGGCGACAUCCCAGACAUGUUCUAUCGUUUGGAGACGCCGCCCGAUGUCUGGCCCUACUUUGUCUUGGAGGAGGUGCCAGUCCACGAGUUCGUCGAGUACAUGAGGACCAAAUGGCGGGACUGCGUCACCCUCGAUGGCGGGCCCUUCCUGGCGCUGAAGGCCUGCAUGGCGCGCGGGCUCGGGGAGGACUCCGUCGGGGCUCGCCUGAUCUACGGGGCUCCGACGCCUCAACUGACCGGGCCCGAGGGGUUCGAGUCGGUGAACUGGGCAUACAUGGACGACUACGGAGUCAUGGCCACGUCCGCCAGCGCGCAGCAGCCAGUGAGCGAGGUCGUGAGCGGACUGACGGCCCGAGUCAAGCAUUACUUGAGGCAGGUCGGGCUUCCCGUCCACAAGGAGUCCGAGGGCGAGGGGCUCGAGUCGCUGGGGGCGGUCAUCCGAGGCCGACCCUACACUGUCUCAGCAGAGACCGACCGCACCUGCGGCCUGGCUCUGGUGACGCUGCGGCUGGUAGAGCGGACGUACUGGACCGCGGAGCUCCUCGAGCGCGUCGUGGGGUUGUGGGCGUGGGCGGCCAUCUUCCAGCUCACGGGCCUUGCCAUCUUCGACCAGGUGUACCACGAGAUGAGACGCCCCGAGACCGCCAAGACGCCGUUCCGACUGACGGACGCGGCGAGGUGGGAGCUGACUACGAUGGCGUACUGCGCACCCCUCGUACGUACAUAUCUCGAAGCUCCGUGGUUCUCGCAGGUGUUCAUGACGGACUCCAGCGACACGGGCUACGGAGUGGCGGUCACCGACGCCUCGCUGGAGGAGAUCAGGAAGGACGCCCGUUACAGCGAGAUGAGGGGAUGGACGAUCGCCACCGAGGAUAUCUACACAGCCCAGGAGGAGGACGCCUGGGUCCCCCAUGCUGGGGGGUGUGCCUACGAUGUCGACGAGCUUAUCGAGGCCUCGACUGCACCGCCGCCGCGGGUAAGUCGGAGGGUCUACCGGGCGCUGUACCUCUUCGCGGGCAGGCGCCGGGAGGGGGAUCUAGAGGAGGCCAUCCACUCGCGGGCGGAGCUCGACGGCUACGAGGUCGAGGUCUGGUCCAUCGACGCGGUGAUCAACCCGAAGCACGACCUCACCAACAACGAGUUCGUCAGCCUGAUCCUGAGCCUGGCGCGCGACGGGUACUUCCACGCAGUGAUCGCCUCGCCCCCAUGCUCCACUUGGAGUCGGGCUCGCUUCCUGGGGAAGAGGCCCAGGCCCUUGCGGACGCGCCUCGAGCCUUGGGGGCGGAGCGACAUGUCAUUCACAGCCUUCGAGCGCCUCCGCCUGGACCUGGGGUCGCGCCUUUUGCUGUCGGCCAUGCAGGCGGUCCGCGAGGUAUGUCGAGCUGGAGGCCUGGGCUUGAUGGAGCACCCUGCGGACCCAGAGGAGGACCCAUGCCCGUCAAUCUGGAACCUACCCGAGAUGGCAUGCCUCCUCGAGGAGACGGGCGGGAAGAUCAAUCGGAUCGACCAGUGCCGCUACGGAGCCCCAUCGAUGAAGCCGACCAUGAUUGGCAUUUUCGGGUUCUACGACGACACACUGGACUUCGCCGCGGACCGUCUCCGCCUGAGGUGCAACCACCGAGGGAGGCAUCAGACAGUACUCAAGGGACGGGCGGAGCGAGGCCGUCCCGAUUUCUGCACCGCCUCCGCCCAGGCGCACCAGCCGCCGCUGUGCGCCGCGCUGGCGGAGGUGAUCAUCGAGGUCACGAUCUACGCGACCUGGGCCGCGCCUGUACGGGAUCCACCCAGGGCGGGAGACAUCCCCCUGCAGAAGCGAGGGCCACGUGCGUGGGAGAACUACGAGAAGGAGCCGCACCUGGGCAUCAGCGAGGGCGGCUUCACAAGGCUGCUCACCCACUCCGUGGCGGACGUCGCCGCGGCGCAGUGGGCCCCGAAGAUUCGAGACUUUCUCAGCCACUGCGUCGACAAGGGUUGGGAGCUGCGGUCCGCGAACGCCGUGGACCACGCCCUGGCCGACUACAUGGACAUGAAGUGCUACAAGGACCGGCUCCGUCCUACAUGGGGGUCGAUUGUCUUGUUUGGGCUGCUGGUGAUUUGGCCUGAGCUGAGGAACCAGCUUCCCCUGGCCUUGCGAAGCCUGAAGAGCUGGCAGAGGCUGGUUAUCUCUGUGGAAGGGGGUCACCUGCCUGAGGAAGCCGUCUUCGCCAUCGCCAUCUACUUAUUCGAGGCGGGGCUCCUGGAUGAAGCCAUCUGGACCCUGGUGCAGUGCGACGCCUACGGGCGGGAGCAGGACAUGGAGAUGCUACGCGAGGCCGAUAUCAUCUGGGAUGGCCGAUGCGCGGGCCUCCUGUUUGGCAUCUCGGCCCGAGGCGAGGAGGGCAAGACGGGCAGCAACCGAGGGGUCGUCAUCCGCCGCGGCACGGUCGCGAGCCUCAUCCUGGCCCUGAAGGACGUCAAGAAGAAUGUCGCGGGGCCCAUCUUCGGCCCCAAGCAGGCAGGCUUCCGCAAAAAGUGGCACCGCGCAUGUCGCUCGCUGGGGAUGCCAUGGGCGCCGCCUCCGCACGGGCUCCGCCACUCGGGGCCCAGCGAGGACGUGGCCCGAGGACGGGCCAGCCUGGAGCAGGUGCGGAGGCGGGGCAGGUGGAAGGCAUUGUCCAGCGUCCAACGCUACUCUAAGACGUUCGCCCUCACGCAGUUCCGUGCAAAAAUGCAGAAGAAGGUGCUGGACGUGGGAUCCCGUGCGACCUCCGACUUGGCCGCCGAGAUACUCCGUGCGAUGGAGUCCCGCACCAACUACAGCAAGCAGCAGCAGCAGCAGCUGGUCGACGGCAUCAGGACGAAUCUGAAGACGAAGAAGGUGAAAGAUGUCGCCGCAGAGCUCCUGAUGCUGGGAUUCACCACCAACAAGAGGUCCACCACCAACAAGAGGUCCACCACCAACAAGAGGUCCACCAAGGGUGACACAAGCUGCCCAGAGUCCGACGACCUCUACUCUGACGAGACGUGGGGAGAGGGCACUGGAUGGUGGACAGAGUGA